AUGAGACUGCGAAGUCGGCCAUUGAUAUAUGUAUUUGUAGCUGUUUCGCUUUAUUCAUUUUUCUUAGUCUAUGAACGAAGAAAUAUUAUUUAUCCAAAACAAUUAGCAGACAAUCACACAAAUUUUCGAACGAUAACGUUUGAAUCAUAUGGUGAAGACUUCUGCGUUGCUUAUAACGUUGUGACUUCAAGAAACACCUUCCGUGAAGAUGGUUUGGAACCAAUAUCUUUAGCAACCCAUACCACAGCAACUUAUCUCAAAUAUGUUAUCGAACAAGUUGAUACGUACGAUGGGCCAAUAUCUUUAGCCGUCUACGUGGACAAAAGUACACAUCAAUCCAUAACAGUCUUGCUCAGUAUUCAUAAUUGUGAUGCUAAGAUUUCAGAGAAAAUUUCCGUACAUAUCGUUUAUCGUAACUCAGCGUUCAGCAACUACUGCUCCAAUGUUAAAAUUGAUUUGAUCCCUUGUGCUAAUCUUACAAAGCAAUCAAAAACAAAAUAUCUGAACCGAUUGGUCCCAUCAUUCGGUAUUUACCCUAUUAAUGUAAUUAGAAACAUAGCGAGGAGAGGAAGUCAAAGUUAUUUACAAAUCAUCGCAGAUAUUGAAAUGAUUUUUAGUCGAAACUUUGCAAUUGAGGUGAAACCAAUAGCUAACAAGCUCAUAACUGCAACCUCGAAACAGUUGAUUGUCGUCAGAAGAUUCGAACUAGAUGAUAAAAUCAAGAAAGUUCCUCGAACUGUUAAAGAGUUAAAAGGCUUAUUCGAUAAGAAAAAAGUGUUCGAAUUUCAUCAUAAACUGUUCCCGUUAGGACAUACAAUACCUGGAUUGUUCGAUUGGUUUCGGAGAUCAGAUAAAGGACCCACAAGCUCAUGGAGCAUACCUUACAAAGGGCCAGCUUGGGAGCCACAAUUCAUAAUGCACAAAGAUGCUCCACUGAGCGAAGAACUUAUGCCUACACGAGUACGUGAUCAUCAAGCCUUGGUUUAUGAAUUAUGCAGAGCAAACUAUAAGUUUAACAUAAUUUCUACUCAUUUCAAUGUACAUCGAGGAAUAAAGAAGACAUCAACCAAUCUGGAUACAGCCGUACGUGCUCAUCAGUUUCGCUUCCGUUUUGAAAGUAGAAAGAACUUUCUCAGACGAAUUCAAAUGACUUACCCUGAUACAUACGGAUCUUGCCGAAAUUUCACCAUGUAG